GGGCUGCGGCCCCGCAGGCACGGCUCCCGUGGCCGCGCUGAGCGGCAGGAGGGCGGCGGCCUUUGCGCCAUCUCCGGGGGCGGAAGAAAGAGCCGCGGCUUCCCGGGACGGCCGGGUCGUCACCGUCGGUAAGGAUCCGUCUCUUUCUGUCGUCAGCGUCUGCCACUUCCCGGAGAGGUGAUCGCGGGGCCUGCCCGCGGCGGAGGAAGGCCGGCGAUGGACCGCGAGGGGCGUGAAGCGGAGCGGGAGCGCGGCCGUGCCCUGGCCCGCCGGGCCGCGGCCCAGGAGCAGCGGGCGCAAAUAAAGGAGCACAAGCAUCAGGCAGAUCUGGCCAAGCUAGAAGACAAAAGAGAAGGGGAACAAAUGCAGAGGUUGAACCAGCUGUACCAGUUGGAAAUUCAGAGAGGAAGAGAAAAGGAACAGGAGGAAAAAGUUGAACGCCAGAGGCAGUAUCAUGCUUUCCUCUGUGCUUUUGAGAAAGGCCUCUCGGGAAUACAAUGGGAAAAAGCUGCUGUAGACAACAAGGAGAUUGUCUUUGAAUUGUGAACUGGAUGAGUAUGUAGCUGAACAGAAAAUAAUUAAAGCUGAAGAGAAGCGAAAAGAAGAUGAAGAUGAUGAUCAGAUUAAGGCUUAUAUU